AUGCUUAAUCUUUACCAGUUUUCUCUGGUUUUUAGUAUAAUUUUUUCUCCCUUCAUUUUCUCUCCCUAGAAAAUCUAAUCUUAUAUUUUCUCUCUGAUAUUCUCUGUUUGCUUGUGUUUUUGUUCACUCGAUCAAGAACUGGCUAACUCUCAGGAAACUCUGGAGGAAAGUGAUUCCAGUAAUCAAGGGGUGGUUCUCGCCCUAUAUGAGGCCCUAAGCUCACGAGACGUGGAUACGGUGCACCAGCUUGUAUCCCCAGACCUCGAUUGGUGGUUCCAUGGUCCACCCUCCCACCAGUACUUGAUGCGCUUGCUCACCGGUGCUCCUCCAUCCAAGGACACCUUUCGAUUCGUACCCCAAUCCAUCGCUUCCUUCGGCCCCAUCGUCCUCGUCGAAGGCUGCGAUCACGACCGUUCCAUCUCUUGGGUUCACGCUUGGACCGUCACUGAUGGGAUAAUCACCCAGGUUAGGGAGUACUUCAACACUUCCCUCACCGUCACUCGCCUUGGCAAUCCCACUACUCUCUCUCCACCGUCUGAUUUCGCUUCUUCUUCUUCGUCAACGUCUGAGAUUACUUCUUCCCAUUGCCCUUCCGUUUGGGAGAGCAGUGUCUCCGACCGGGUCGGGCAUUCCGUGCCGGGUUUAGUCCUGGCAAUCUAAAUCCCAAAAAAAAGCUCUCUCUGUGAUCGUGCGCAGCCGGUUGUAGUGUAAUAUAGUACAGUAAAUAAAAAAGGCUGUUCCUGAUUGGCUUAUAGAAAAAGGUCAAACAUUGGAGGUCAGAGAGAUGUAAGACCUUAAAGUGUGGUUCGGUUUUUCGGGUUUUCGUAUCCGUUUAGGGGCUUGUUUGUCAUUUCAUUUUAAUCUGUCGUGUUGUGGGAGUGUUCUGUUUGGGUUUGUGGUCGUUGAAAUCCUGUGUGUAUCGGUGUUGGGUGGAACUGUGGGGAUGAGUUCCAAUUGGUCAUAUCCUGACGCGUCUUUAAUAUGGUGUUAUGGUUUUACAUUUACAAUAAAGAUGGGUUUUCUUAAUAA